AUGGACUCCGAAAUCGAAAUCCAGACCUUUGUAAACUGCACGCAGGAGGUGUUGGGUCGGGAUCGCUCAUGGGGCGAUCUGAAUGUGACUCAACUACUAGACCUGCUGCCAACUCAACUUUUGAAAGAUAUGAACUUGAAAAUUCGUCUGAGCAACUGCAUGGGCCUAGGAGAGAGGCCUUACAGCCCACCGUGGUGGGGCCAAUUUGCCUGGUUCGUAAUCUUCGCUAUCAUGCUGCUUUUUGCAAUACUUGGGAACACUUUAGUUAUUUGGAUUGUACUAGCUCAUCGUCGUAUGAGGACAGUGACAAAUUGUUUUCUGGUAAACUUGGCGGUGGCGGAUCUUCUUAUGGCAACUCUGAAUGGAGCUCCGAACUUCGUGUUUCUGGUGACAGCUCACUGGCCCUUCGGGGCUGCAACGUGCACUGCCAGUAACUUCACAGCGAACCUCACCGUUUCUGCUGGCGUCUUUACUCUAGUGGCUAUUACUGUAGAUAGGUACGUGGCAAUAGUGAAGCCUCUGCACCACAGGCUGAGUCGGCGCGUGGCGCGUGCUGCUCUUUUCACAGUUUGGUGCGCCAGCGCAUUGCUCGCGCUACCCAGUCUCCUCUACUCCGACACUUAUAAGAAAAA